AUGGCAUUCCCUGCAGCAGUAGCAGGUCCCUGGUUGUGCUUCCUGCUCCUCCUGGGGGUUCCCCUCACUCUGGGGACCUCUAUUACUGGGGGGCUGCAGAACAUGCCAGUGUCAGACCCAGAAGUCCAGCAGGCAGCUCACGCAGCUGAACAGACCUACAACCAGCGCAGUAAGAGCCCCUACUACAGCCGGGGGCUGCAGGUGCUGAGCGCCCAGAGACAGGUCGUGUCUGGGUUCAUGCUACAUCUGACCAUGGAGCUGGUGGAGACACUGUGCAGGAAAAACCAGGGUGGAGCCGUGGAUCCCAGCAAGUGCCCCCUGCCGCCCCCACCCCAGCAGAAGAAAGUGCACUGUGAGUUCAAGAUCUGGUCUCAGCCCUGGCUCAAGAGGACACAGAUAGGUCAGCAAUGCAACUCGGUUGGUCACUGAGACCUGCUCUAGGUCACGCCAAGAUGACCAUGAGCCAAAAUGUCUGCUCCACCAUCAAAGCUUCACAGGAGACAGACCGGCUCCCUCUUGCUCUUCUUUUCUUUAUUCCCCCAGCCUUAUUCCCAGCACGUGGCGGGAGAUCAGUGUGUUGAAUCCAACUGGGAUCAGAAAUCAACCAAUUCCUCUGCUUCCCCACUGACUUCUAAUCCUGUUUAAUGACAUAACUGAAGCCUCUGGGCUCUUUCUGUUACUGCUGGGUCUUG